GAGUGAGUGAGUGAGUGAGUGAGUGAGUGAGUGAGUGAGUGAGUGUCCCCACUGUUCUCUGCCCCCUCAUUUGGUGCUCUGGGCCUAUUUUGAGCACACAAAAGGCUUUGCUGGCAGUCCCUUGUGCUGGUCAGAGGGAGUGUUCCACACAGACUGGUUUCCAGCCGUGAGCCCUGCCCUUCCACUCCCUGCAAAGCUGUCGCGGCACGUCCUGGAGAAACCUGCAGCAGAAGCGCUGGCCCUGUUCCCGCUUGGCCGGGCUCCCGGGCGUGGCACCAGAGGUCAGCGGGUCACUUCUGUGGAAUCCCAGACCUCCUGGGCAUUCGUUUCCCUCUUCUUUCCCGUCCCCUAAUCUGCUAAAGCGUGCGGGAGAGGCCGGAGAGGGCGGGGAGGAGUGUGUGAUGUAACCUCCAACUCCGGCGAAGUUGCGCCACAACCCCGCCGUGCCUGCGGCUCGCCGCGGGCUUUUGGUGGCCGCAAGGACUGAAGAGGAAGGCAAUGAAGACCCUGCACGGCUGUGGGAGGCCUGGUGGGUGAUGUACUCCCCUCCCCUGUGGAGAGGAAAGCCGGGCUGCAGCUCCUCGUGGUGCCGGCUCCACCUGCGGACCCCCGGAGAAAGGGAUGCUCGGAGCUGCUGCGGAGAACUUCCAAGUGCCUUUGAAAACAUCUCCCUGCUAAAGGAAAGAAGGGAAGAGGAGGAUCAUCAUAAUAUGUGUAGUCGUGAGCCUUUGUCUAAAGAGCCUCCUCAUUCUAGACUCAGUCAAGUUAAUUUCUUUCCAGAACUUGGGAUGGCUUCAACUUGGCAGAAAACUCAGGAAUUCUACAACUGGGUUCUUGAAAACGGAGAUCCAAGGACAGACCCAUGGCCACUGGUCUACUCCCCACUUCCCAUCACCCUGCUCUUCACCUCCUACCUCUGCAUGGUGGCGCUGGGGCCGUCCUGCAUGCGGCGGCGGCGGCGCCUGGAGCUGCGGGCCCCGCUGCUCACCUACAACCUGGCCAUGGUGGCAUUGUCCAGCUACAUGUUCCACGAGUUUCUGGUCACUUCAGUCUUGGCCAACUACAGCUACCUGUGCCAGCCAGUGGAUUACAGCUGGAGUGAGCUGGGAAUGAGGCAGAUGGCAAGAGUGUGUUGGUGGUUCUUCUUCUCCAAAGUCAUCGAGCUGCUGGAUACGGUUUUCUUAAUUUUGUGCAAGAAACAAGUGACUUUUCUGCACGUGUACCAUCAUGGCUCCAUGCUCUUCAACUGGUGGUCAGGGGUCAAAUACGUGCCUGGAGGACAAGCCUUCUUUAUUGGGAUGCUGAACUCCUUUGUGCACAUCUUCAUGUAUGGCUACUACGCCCUGGCCAGCCUGGGCCCGCGGAUGCGCCGGCACCUGUGGUGGAAGCGUUACCUGACCAUCCUGCAGAUGUGCCAGUUUGUGGCCAUUGCUGCCCAUUCUUCCUACAACCUCUUCACAGAGUGCCCGUUCCCUGAUGGCUUCAACACUGCAGUCUUCCUCUACAUCCUCAGCCUCCUGGCUCUCUUCCUGCGCUUCUACUACCGCACCUACGUUAGGGGAAAGCGGGAAAAGCUGACCUAAAGGAGAUCAAGGAGGACAGAGAGCACAGUCUGAUGAAUGUGUGUGUUCUCUGCUCAUUGUGACGUGGUUUCAGGAAGAAAAUGUGUCUGGGGGGUGUGUGUGAGGCUUGUGUGUUGCCUUCAAAUAUCCCAGGUUAGGGAGAAGAAAGGAAUGAUGUAAACUCAGGGAUUAAGGAACUGAGGAGCACACUUACUUAACCUGAGGCCAAGCUAAGCCAAGUCACCAGCAUAGCAGGCUUUGGGACAUUUGCCGGAUAAGGUGUUUUUCCCUUCCAUUUUUGACUCAGUGUCCAAAGUCUAGCAGCCAGCUACAACUUCCUGCCUCGUUUCUUAGGCUGCAGAGGGUUUCUUUGCAUCCACAAAACUGUCUCAGCAUGGUGUUGUAGAUCAGGCAGGAUCUGUGCCUCCAGCCUGGAAAUCAAUGUCCAGGUAGCAGCAGCAGCCAGGAACCCACGGGGACUGCAGGAUGCACUCAGCUGUACACUGCAUCCCACCCUGUCCUGCUAAGGAGGCUCCUACUUGGACUGAGGCAGUCCUGAUGGUUUCAUUUCAUAUCAGUAUAAGCAGCCAGGAAAUUGGACAUUAGGUUGUCUGGAUGGACAGGUGCCUUCACUGUCCUGAAGCUAAAGAAGGCAUUAUUAACACUUUCAUCCUAGUAAGAAACUAGUGCAGUAAGAGUCACCAUGUCCCAUUUUCUGGAAUGCUUAUUUCCCUUUGGAAAUAUUUCCCCUUUCCCUUUUCUCAUACUAACAGAGGGUUUUAAUGCACAAAGAUAUUUGGUACUGCUCCUUAGAGAUGCUGUAAUUUAAAAAGAAAGAACUGAUGUUUCCUAUUCAUAAUUUUUUUUCUCCAAUUCGUUAUUAUUUUAAUACUGUUAUUUUUAAAUUUUGCUUCUUGUCAAACAUAAAGAGUUUAACAACACCACAAGCAACCACAUCCACUACCUAAUUGUAUAAGAAUUAAUACAAAAUGUAUAAAAUCCAUUCACUGGGUAGAGCAAAGCUGCAUCGCUCCAUUGAUUUUAAAACAUCACUAAUUGGCUUCUUUUUUUGCUCCCAAAUCAAUUAUAACUAGAAUCUGGCAUUUAUAUGAAUCUGCAGACUGUUAAAUACUCUUGAAGUUUUGAUGUGGUAGUGCUUUGAAAAUCCUAAUUAAGCUACAAAGUGGUAAUUAUUGAUCGAAUCCUGCUCAGUUGAUUAAAACAGGUAUUACAGAGUAGUGGUAUUUUGUGAAACACAAAGGUGUGGAAGGAGAGGGUUGGAAGUAGUGACACAGUGCAUUGCCAUUGCCAAGCCAAAUCCACCUCAAAUGUAAAGUCCAACUUUACUGGGAAUGUCCAGAGGGCUAGAGCUAGCCUGAACCUAGCAAGUGGGUGUACCCCAAAAAAUCUGUGUGCCCUGCACUAAUCUGGAGUUGAGUGGCUACAAAAAAUUGAUUCAGCUUGUUCCUCACUGCUCUGUGUUCAUACCCUAAACCUUUCCUUCAGCCCCUCCACACACAUGUGGAAGAUAAAACAACAUUCUGCCAUUCCUCACAUUCCUCAUUCACACAGAGCCACAAAGGACUUGUUCACAGUGUCACAAGGACACAUCAUGAAUGUCCUUUGAUUUGAGCAGUCUCUCUUCUGAUUGUCACUGGUGAGUAUGAGAACCACUGCAUCUGUGCUAGUUGCUUUUCUUCCUGUCAAACAUUUUUCCAUGCUAAUUAAUAAAUAAAUAGUGACCUUUUGCAUACUGGA